AUAUGCGUUGCGUUACUUGUGCUUUUUGCGUUUACUCAACAGAGUCCUUUAGCUGUUGAAGUUCAGCCAUAGAGUAAUAUAAUAUUCUGUAUGCAUUUGCCUAAAAGUAAUUGGUUUGAAUUCAAUAGCUGGUUACUUGGUUCAAACGAUUUCGAGAAAUUCCAGUAGUGCACAAAGUUGUCACAAAAUUAUGGGUUACUCAAUUAUAAUUAAACAUAAAGAAAGUUUAAGUAAACACUUGACGAGAUGCUGCGGGUUAACGGGAAACUGUAUGCAUAUAAAGUUUCUCUGCUUUCAAGUAGUAUAUUCAUAACUAAUGACAGACUCCCACAUUUUGUUGAUUCUCUGGAAAUUUCACUAGUUUUAUCGCAAGCCAUUAUGAGCUUAUGAGAUCUUUUUUUGUCUUCCUGAACUUGUUAUUAUAAAAGCAAGGUAGCUUAAUGAUUGUGAUCGGGUCACCUGAAGUCUUCACUUAAGAAAUAGAGACUAUUUGGUUCAGAUAAUCUACUGCCACUCGGAAAUAUCGGAAUGUUGUGUUUUGGCGUGUUUCAAGUUCUUCAAAACUAUUACACCAGCUUACACUUUUUUGACUGGACGGGCUGCUUAUAUAUUAUACUCUAAUUGUGGACAAAAACACCCCAAAUUCAUAUGCUCCUUGAUAUCUCGGUGAUCGAGUUUCUCAAGUAUUGCCUAAGAUGUUCGUGGAUGCUUAACAGCUGUAACUCAUCAAUCUCCAGUAUUUUUUUCGCCCUGACUAAUAGUAAACCUCAAAUUACUUAACAUGGGUACGAGGAUGUGUCUUAAUGAGCUUGAGGGCAUCUAAUGACAUUUUUCAAAUGUGGGUUCAUUCUGGUAAGUUUUCUUGAUCUUUAUUGUGUGCCAUAAUACUCUCUUCGUCUUGUUCCCCCCAUAUAUUCGCCUUCUAAUGAGGCUUACAACAGCAGAGGACUUGUAAAGUUAUCCGCUUAUAAAAGAAUGACUGCUGACACCCAGACCAUAACCUGGAUAAAUUUACUAAAUAUUUUUCAACCAUACUUUAUGUACACCCAACAAGAAGGUUAUCUAUUCGUAUAAGACAUUCACUCAAGAAACAUUACUACUGUCCUUUUAAAAUAGUUUUUAUCAAAAUAUUAAACUGGAUCGCUUGUUAUUCGGUAGCCUUAGUUUUGUUUUAUCCCUUCUAGAUUAUUGUCCUGGUUAGAGAACGACGGUUGUUAUAUCUGUGCACCUUGGUCUUGUUUUCAUAUACUUAAGUACCCCCAACCUGGACACAGGCAUUUCAACUAUUGAGAGUCGCAUAAUGUUAGAGGAUGAGUUUGCUGAGCUGGACCUAAAUGAAAACUCUGAAAACUCUUUAAAUGUACCGUUGAAUUCUGAGUCUUAUCUGCGGACAGGUUUCACACCUGAACGAAAUGUCACACAUGACAUAUCGCCCAUUGACACUGGAAAAGAAACUGUAAACACUGUUUCCGAUGUUGCAUUUGUAAAAGUCACAAGCCCUGCAAAAGUUGGUGAGGGUAUUUCGUCAUACAUAGUAUAUCGUGUUAAUACAAAGUUUAAUGGCAAGGAAUUUUCAGUCCUCAGACGGUUUUCUGAUUUCCUUGGGUUGCAUGAAAGGUUAGUCGCGAAGUAUCUUUCUGAAGGAGUUAUUGUUCCCCCUGUUCCUUCUAAAGAUAUGCUAGCUACAACUAAAGUUAAAAUGUCAAAGGACGUUUCUGCGGAAAAUGAAUUUGUUGAACGUCGCCGAAUAGCUUUAGAACGAUUCCUAUCACGAGUACUCUCACAUCCAGUUUUACAUAUUGAUGAAGAUGUCUGUGAGUUCCUUCGGCAUGAAGGAGAGCUACCACGUGCAACAAACACCCAACUACUGUCCGGUGCUGCAGCGAUAAAAGUGAUGAAAAAUCUGGGUGAUGUGAUUGGAAAGUUUGCUUACAAAGUUGAUGAUCCCGAAGAGAAUACUGCUGAGGAGUUCUUCUAUCAGAAAGCAGAUGAAUUAGAUAGUUGGGAAAAGCAACUUAAACGUCUUCACUCCUCGCUUCUUAAUUUAGUAUCAGGAGACAAUGACCUAGCAAAUGCCGAAGCUGGCUUGUCUCGUUCAGUUCUUCUCCUGGCUAAUGUAGAAGAAAAUACUGGUCUAGCUCAAGCACUUCAUCAUCUGGCAGAAACAGAAGGACAUGUCGCUGAUUUACACGCUUUACAAGCAGAAGCGCAUACGUGCCAUUUAGUGGAGUAUUCUCGAGAAUUACUAGGCAUGGUUCAGGCUUGCAAGGAUGUUUUAAGUGAACGUGUACGAAUAUAUCGUACAUGGAAAACCGCUGAAGCUAAUCUUCGUUCAAAGCGUGAACAGAAAAUUCGAAUGGAAAUGGCACCUAGAAAUGAUAAUAAAAAGAUGGCCACAAUAACAAUGGAGUUGGAAGAUCUUGAAAAUCGUGUAGAUCAAGCUCAGCAUAAGUUUAAUAAUAUAUCUAUAAAUAUUAAAAGAGAAUUUCAAAAUUUCGACUUGAAUCGUUUUGCUUAUUUCAAACAAGCCACUACAGAAUAUUUAGAAUUGUUAUUGCAAAUUCAAUUAAAAGUGUUAGAGAACUGGGAGAAAUAUUUGUCUUAUACAAACGGUAUCAAUUGAUGUAUGCGCAUAUAGGCUCUGUUAACAAUUUUUUUAUUUCUAGAAAAGAAAUAUCCUUGGUUUUGGAAUUAUUUUCCCUCUCUUUAUUACACAAUCAAUAUUCCACACUUAUUUAUUGUUCCAUUGAAAUUUUAAGUUAAACAUAUAUGUUAAUUUCUCAUCAUUUGUGUACACCUAACACGCACACACAUACCCAGAUAAUGCAUGUGUAUACACUUGUAUACUGACUGUAUUUCGGGUAAUUAAUUCUAAAUAAUCGCUUGGAUAUGGUGGUUGUGAUAAGUCUUUAUAUUUUUCUUCUGUUAAUCAUUUUGUAAUUUAUGCAACUCUUAGAUUGAUUUCAUAUCUCUGCCACUUUAUGCUGAUUUCAUGCAUAUGUUUAAUAAUAAUAUGGUGUUUUGAUUUAAAAAGUAAGCAAUGGAAUUAUUAUAUAUUUCACCCUCAUGGGAUAACAAAUAUUAACAGACGUAGUAGGAGUACAGAGUAUUAAACAAUUUUUUAACAGGAGAGUUUUUGCAAACAAGCACUUUACUGUGUCUCCUUCUCCCAUUGGAACUUCAUGUUAAUUAUAAAAUUCAUAAAAUCACCUUAGAUGGGAACAUUAUUUUCUUCACCAUUGUUGAUAUCUGCGCAGCCUUAUAUGAUAGGAUUGUAUACAUGAGUUUCUUUUUCCUUUUGACCUAUAUGUGCUGUUUAUAAACAGACAACCAAUGAUACAGGAUAAACAUCAGCGUGGAAGGACAUUAUCCUUCAUUCUGUUCCAACUAGCAUGAACAGUCUAAAUAAUAAGGCGCAUUCUGUGUUUAAGAAAAUUCAAAUAGUUCACUUGUUUGCAGACUAGUUUAUCUUUCUAGUAUACGUAACUUUAGAUGUUCUGUAUACCUUAGAAAACAUAAUGGGUG